UCUCUCUCUCUCUCUGAGUUGCUUUCUUUGUUUUUAUAUCCUUAAAUCAAGCAGCCCCACUUUUCCCUCUCUCUCUCUCUCUGUCCCUCUCUGUAAGCCCACCAGAAUUAUGCCAUAAAACAACCCAUCCGUCGGCCACGACCCAGAAGUGUGAUGGGCGUGGAAAUGUCGAAUCCUCCUCCGACCUCUCGUGCCAGAGACUUCUUGGCCUCCCCGGCUCUCUCUCUUAGUCUGGCUGGGAUUUUCCGGCACGGAGCGGCGGCGGCGGCGGAGAAUGCGGAGGUGGAGAACGGGGAGGAGGGGAACGGCGGCCGGAGAGAGGAGACGGUGGAGAUCAGCAGCGAGAACUCCGGGCCGGCGAGAUCACGGUCCGACGAGGACCUGGACGGCGACGACGACGGCGACGGCGACGAAGAUGAUGACGGCGACAAGAACAAGAAGAAGAAGAGGAAGAAGUAUCACAGACACACCACCGAGCAAAUCAGGGAAAUGGAAGCGCUUUUUAAGGAAUCACCGCAUCCUGAUGAGAAGCAAAGACAGCAACUUAGCAAGAAACUAGGCCUUGCUCCCAGACAAGUCAAGUUUUGGUUCCAAAAUCGUCGAACCCAGAUCAAGGCCAUACAGGAGCGCCAUGAAAACUCACUGCUGAAGAACGAAAUGGAGAAGCUUCGAGACGAAAACAAGAGCUUGAGGGAGACCAUCAACAAAGCUUGCUGCCCCAAUUGCGGCUUUGCCACCUCUGCAAGGGAUGCAGAAGACCAGCAGCUUCGAAUCGAAAAUGCCAGACUCAAGGCUGAGAUCGAAAAGCUUCGAGCGGCUGCCGGGAAGUUCCCUCGGGGCACGUCGCCGGCGAGCUCGUCGUGCUCGGCCGGAAACGACCAGGAGAACCGGAGUUCUUUGGAUUUCUACACGGGGACUUUUGGGCUUGAGAAAUCGAGAAUUACGGAGUUUGCUGGACGAGCAAUGGAAGAGCUGAGGAAGAUGGCCAGCGCCGGAGAGCCGCUCUGGAUUCGCAGCAUCGAGACGGGGCGCGAGAUACUUAACUACGACGAGUAUGUCAGAGAGUUUUCUGUUGAGAAUUCGGGUAACGGGAGCCCGAAAAGGUCCAUUGAGGCCUCGAGAGAGACCGGCGUUGUGUUCGUCGAUCUCCCAUGGCUGGUUCAAUGCUUCAUGGAUGUGAACCAAUGGAAGGAGAUGUUUCCAAGCAUGAUAUCCAAAGCAGCCACCGUCGACGUGAUCUCCCACGGCGAGGGUCCUAACAGGAACGGCGCGCUCCAGCUGAUGUUUGCAGAGCUGCAAAUGCUGACGCCAACGGUGCCAACCAGAGAAGUGUACUUCAUACGAUACUGCAAGCAACUCAGCGCAGAGCAGUGGGCAAUCGUUGAUGUCUCAGUCGACAAAGUUGAAGACAACAUCGAUUCAUCCCUCGAAAAAUGUAGAAAACGGCCCUCUGGUUGCAUAAUCGAGGAUCAAGCAAAUGGCCAUUGCAAGGUGAUAUGGGUCGAGCAUUUCGAAUGUCAGAAGAGCAUGGUUCCGACCAUGUAUCGAGCGAUAGUUAACAGCGGGAUGGCCUUUGGUGCCCGGCAUUGGAUAGCAACGCUGCAGCAGCAGUGCAAGCGUCUCGUGUUCUUCAUGGCCACCAAUGUUCCAACCAAAGAUUCAAGCGGUGUGGCGACACUGGCGGGGAGGAAAAGCAUACUGAAAAUGGCGCAAAGAAUGACAUCCAUGUUUUGCCAGGCAGUUGGGGCAUCAAGCUACCACACAUGGACCAAGAUGUUCAGCAAAACAGGAGACGACAUAAGGGUCUCUUCCAGGAAGAACCUAAACGAUCCCGGAGAACCUCUUGGGGUAAUCGUAUGUGCAGUUUCAUCUGUGUGGUUGCCCGUCUCUCAGCUUGUUCUGUUCGAUUUUCUCAGAGAUGAAACACGUCGAAAUGAGUGGGACAUAACCUCGAGCGGAGGUCCAAUGCAAUGCAUAGUAAGCCUGGCCAAGGGACAGGAUCGUGGCAACACUGUCACCAUCCAAAGAAUGAAGUUGAAAGAGCAGAGCAUGCUGGUACUUCAAGAUAGCAGCACCAACGCUUAUGAAUCAAUGGUGGUCUAUGCUCCGGUGGACAUCAGCAGCAUGCAGCCCGUGAUGGCGGGCUGCGACUCUGGCAACAUCGCAAUAUUGCCUUCGGGUUUCUCCAUUCUCCCAGAUGGACCCGAGUCCAGGCCUCUGGUGUUAACUUCAUCGAGGCAAGAGGAUAAGAGCUCGGACGGCGGAUCCUUGCUCACCAUAGCAUUUCAGAUCCUCACCAACACCUCUCCCGCUGCCAAGCUAACAAUGGACUCCGUGGAGUCUGUCAACGCUAUCAUUUCAUCCACAUUGCAGAAUAUUAAGAAGAGCUUGCAGUGUGAAGAUGGGUGACUGAGAUCAUCUUUCUUCUGGUUCAUCACAGCAAGUAAAUGUAUAUAUUUAUAGAUUUGAGGUUGUAGUAAUCAUUUUUUUCCCCAUUUCCUUAGUGAAUUGAGUCUUUUGUGUGUAAUAGGUGUGAUUUAGCCAUUUUAGACAAAUCCAUUGUAAAAAAAAAAAAAAGCAUUUAACCUGAAAAACAAUCUACUGGAGAGAAGUAAUCUGGGUUUGAAGAUUAAGAGGCUGUUUGGCUUUUUUUAAGAUGGCUUUUAAGGCUUUGUAAAUUUUAGUAUUUAAAUUGAUAACGUGUUUGGAUAAA